GAAACACACAACUGUAGAGUGGAAGGAAAUAGAGGCGGGACGUCUCCGCCCUGAAAAGAAAGGAAAAAAAGAAAAAAACUUCUGGAUGAAAGUCUCCAAGACGAGGAAUGCGGUGUAGUUCGAUUACCUGCCUGCCGAGGAGCCUAUAGCCUAUCUGCUUGUUGUGAUUCGGAAAAUAAAGCAUCCCUAUGAAAGACAAAACGACCGCUUUGACGUCUUUUAUGAAACAGAGGAAGAUGGGGCUGAACGACUUCAUUCAGAGGCUUGCCACAAACUCCUACGCCUGCAAGCAUCCUGACGUUCAGUCUAUUCUGAACUUGAGUCCCCCUCAGGAUGCUGAGCUCAUGAAUGCAAACCCCUCUCCUCCUCCCAGUCCAUCCCAACAGAUAAACCUUGGUCCGUCCUCAAACCCAUCGGCCAAACCAAGUGACUUCCACUUCCUCAAGGUGAUCGGCAAGGGCAGCUUCGGCAAGGUGCUGCUCGCACGCCAUCGUACAGAUGACCAGUUUUACGCAGUCAAAGUCUUACAGAAAAAGGCCAUCCUCAAGAAGAAGGAGGAGAAACACAUCAUGUCAGAGAGGAAUGUGCUGCUAAAGAAUGUCAAGCACCCGUUCUUGGUGGGCCUGCACUACUCUUUCCAAACAGCGGACAAGCUCUACUUCAUCUUGGACUACAUCAACGGAGGAGAGUUGUUCUACCAUCUACAGAGAGAGCGCUGCUUCCUCGAGCCAAGAGCCAGGUUCUACGCGGCAGAGAUCGCCAGUGCUCUGGGCUACCUCCACUCCCUCAACAUUGUCUACAGAGACCUGAAGCCAGAGAACAUCCUGCUGGACUCACAGGGACACAUCAUUCUUACAGAUUUCGGCCUGUGCAAGGAGAACAUCGAACCCAAAGGGACCACGUCGACCUUCUGCGGUACGCCAGAGUAUUUAGCUCCUGAGGUUCUACACAAGCAGCCGUAUGACAGAACGGUAGACUGGUGGUGUUUAGGAGCUGUUCUCUAUGAGAUGCUCUAUGGCCUGCCUCCGUUCUACAGCCGUAACACAGCAGAGAUGUAUGACAACAUCCUCAACAAGCCGCUGCAGCUGAAACCUAACAUUUCCAACGCAGCCAGACACCUGCUGGAGGGCCUGCUGCAGAAGGACCAAACCAAGAGGCUGGGCUGCGCAGAGGACUUUAUUGAAAUUAAGAACCACAUAUUUUUCUCCCCCAUCAACUGGGAUGACCUCAAUGCCAAGAAGAUCACCCCUCCAUUCAACCCCAACGUGACGGGACCCAAUGACCUGCGGCAUUUUGAUCCAGAGUUCACAGAUGAGCCGGUGCCUAGCUCCAUUGGCUGUUCCCCAGACAGCGCGCUCGUCACGGCCAGCAUCAAAGAGGCUGCCGAGGCCUUUGUGGGCUUCUCUUACGCCCCAUCUAUGGACUCCUACCUAUAGGAUUUAAACACAGGCACUCAAUACGGAUUGAACCAAUUCAAUCUUACAGGAAAUGAGCCGUGGCGUGUCCAUGGACUUGCAUCUUGACCCCACCUUACGUUUCCUAUCAGGGUGAUGGAUUUUUCUAAAGCCAACCCCUGCAACAACUCUGCAUCUGCAAAGAAUUUAUACACGUGUACUUGCCAUAAUCUCUCCAACUCUUGAAUGCAUUUAAGAAGACUUGAGGAUGCCAUAAUGAAAUGACUGAUUGGAGUUGAAAUCCACCAUCUUACUCUGAUGUACCAACGCACAAAUUCUUCAACCUUCCACAACAGACACAAACGCGUUGCAGCCUUUAAUUUCCCAUCUCUUACCCGGUAGUGGAGGUCAUUUGCACAUAGCUCAGGCAGCUUAAAAGCCCACCUCGACCCUAAAGCCACAACUGACAAGCACACACACCAACUUCCAUCUUUUCUCCAAAGAGGAAGGCUGGACCGUACUGUACCAGUCCUGAAAGGGAUUUUCAUCUUCUUCUAUGUAGCCAAACAUCUUCCCCCCUUCCUUUUGAGAUUCUGUCCAACCACCCACGGGGGCCCUACCUGUUGAGUUUGACUGAGUAGCUUGGAGAUGACAUUCAUUUUGGUGCUUUAGUUUCUUCUCAUCUACUUUCCAUGUGUUUGAAAAAGGGAGUUAUUUUAAGCUGAAUGUUACAGAGAGGGAGGUUUUAUUUUUUCUCUCAAAUGUGCCUUUAUUUUUUUCUCUCCAUCAGAACUCUUUUGGGUUUUGUCUGUGUCAACCUUAAUGUCUCCACUCCACACCUGACUGCAGGUGGGAGGAGCUGUUUUUUGAAGUCACCAGAGAGGAACGAUGUAGCUCUGAAUUAAUACACCUGUCUUUAACGUGUGAGACGUAGGAACUCAAACGAUGUUUUAUAUCUUCAUUUGCACAUAAAACGAUAAUGGUAAUGCUGGUCGAGAGAGAGAAAGAGAGAGCACUGCUGCUAGGUGAGAAAGAGAGUGAUGUGUUCAGAAGUGUUUGUGUAGUUCUGCUUGCCAACCGUGUCCCCCUCACGUAGUCUUCCAUUUGCCUCACAAUAAUGUAACGGCGGCCUUCAGCCGAGCUGACGACAUCGGAACUGAACAUUCCAUUUUAAUAUUGCUGUAAUGCAGUUUGAUGGUAUUUAAGUUUGUUUGUAUAUUUGGAGUCAUGUGUACUAGUUUUAAUGUAUAUUGAACAAAAAAUGACUAAAGGUAUGCUUAAAUAUGUAUAUGUAACAAUUCAUGUUAAAUGUACUGUAAAUUGUAAAAUUGUUUAAGAUUUAUGUGACCAUGUUUGGUUUGCAAUAAAAGUUUAACUUUAUUACACCUUA